AGCGCUGCCUCCAGCUCCAGCACUGACAGCCCCGUGCGCCGGGGUCCCUGUGUGCGGGUCCCCAGCAGGGAGAUGGCCUCGCAGAGGACUCAGCCACCAGAAGCCCCCGGCAAAGACCACAAGAGACCAAAGGGAACAGAGGAGACCAAAGAGAAGCAGGACGUCUCCCACUCGCCGCCCAUCCCACAGAGCCAGCCCCCUCCAGCACAGCCCCACAGGGCCCGGCCUUUGGCUGCCCACUGCAUUCCUUUUGUCACCCAUUAUGGGAACCAUCGGCCCAAUUCCUUCCAUUUUCUCUUCUACCAAUCCACUUGCUCCAACUCGCACAGCCCCUUCUCCACGGCGCAGAAGGCAACGUGCGGGUACCGCUUCCACCGCGACACCGAUCACACCAGGAAGGUGAUGGAUGUCCCGAGUGCAAACGUUGUGAAAUGGAGACCCAUCCAGGGCAAAAAGCCCAAGGAAACCCAAUAAAUCCCAAGGAAUGAAAGCAGUGAUGUG